UCAAAAACGUAAAGGACUGAUAGCUUGUACUAUUAAGUUUGUAACCGUGAAACUUAGCAAGAUUACAAAAAGUUUUUUCACGCUUUAAUCACGCGGCGAAUUAUGUAAUUUAAAUACAAACCACCCUGCAAAAUGUUUAUUUAUAUGAGUAAAAAGAUUGCUAUUCCCAAGCAAUCAAACGUAACUUGUAUAGCAUGGAACCAUUCUUCAGGCUAUAUUGCCGUGGGUGGAGAGGAGGGAAUGCUGAAAGUCCUGAAAUUGGAAUCUGGUGGAGGUGGCAAUUUAUCAAUGAACCUAAGUUUAGAAGGCCAUAAUGGGCAGCUAAGGGUAGCAACAUGGAAUGAGGUGUUCCAAAAAUUAACUACAAGUGAUGAACAUGGUGUUAUCAUUGUCUGGAUGCUGUAUAAGGGCUCCUGGUAUGAAGAAAUGAUAAACAACAGAAACAAGUCCACAGUGACAAGCAUGGCUUGGGGCUCCGAUGGACAAAAGAUCUGCAUUGCUUAUGAAGAUGGUGCAGUGAUAGUAGGUGGUGUAGAUGGUUCCAGAGUAUGGGGCAAAGACAUCAAAGGACCGGGUCUGAAGGCAGUGCAGUGGUCACCAGACAACACAUUACUUCUGUUUGCUCUCUCUAAUGGUGAGCUGCAACUGUAUGAUGAUCAAGGAAAUUUUACUAUGCCAGUGUCAGUACAUGGAGUGUCAGGGUCAAUGGAAGUGGUAUCCAUGGACUGGUAUGCAGGUAGAGCGCCGACCAAUAGACCUGUUCUUGCAAUUUAUUACAAAAGUGGCAUUAUUUUGCUUAUGAAGAACUGCAUUGAAGAAGAUAGUGUUGUAGUGGAAACCAAUAUGUCAGCAAUCACAUGCCACUGGAAUCACAACGGCAAUGUGCUAGCAGCUGCUGGCGUCACCACAGACAACUCGAACGUAGUUCAAUUUUUUAACGCAUAUGGCGAGCAUCUUCGAACUCUACGUGUACCUGCCGGUUCGAUGCGGGCUCUAUCGUGGGAGAAGCGAUCGCUCCGGCUAGCCAUCGCUAUAGACUCGUACAUAUACUUCGCGAAUGUAAAACCUGAUCACAAAUAUGCGUAUUACGGCAAUACUCUAGCCUUCGUGUCUGGUACUGAGACAGUCACGUUUUGGGACACUGUUACUCACCAGUCAUGGGUCAAUCAUAUUCCCGACGUGGUGGACAUGUGUGGAGUAGAAGAGUACUGCAUCGUAGCCACUAUGAACAACCUUAUUAUAUCGAAUCAACAAGGAAUUCAGUGUGAUGCGAAAACGACCACAAUACCUGUAAUGUACGUAGCAAUCAACAGCAAGACAGUGGCCGUCGCAGCAUCCAAGGAAUCUUUUAUGAUCUGGAAGUUUUCCACGCCAUCUCGUCCGCGAAGCACAGAGUUACUUUUCCAUGCUGAUGGAACACCCAUCACAUCCGGGGAGAGCGGUUUUCAAGACGACACAAUCUGCUGUAUUACAUGUUCCGACAGCCACUUACUCGUAGGCAGAGUCUCGGGCACCAUAUUGUUAUUCUCAAUGGUUAACUUUAAGAAAAUAACUUCCAUUAACAUGAGCUCAAAAGCAUAUAGAAUGGGAUUAAAUUCGAAUUCAAGUAAAUUUUACGUAAUCGAUCAGCCCGGUUCAUUAUACCUUCUUGACACGGAUAUGGCAAAUAACAUCAGUAUUGGCCAAGCUUUGCGUAAGGAUGUGUGGAGCGCACUUUGGGCGUCAGAUAAUCCACAAAUGCUAGCAAUCGCCGAGAAAGCGCGCCUUUACGUAAUGAGAGAUUCUGAACCUGAGGAACCUUUGAAUAUGCAAGGAUAUUUGUGCAAAUUUAGGGAACUGGAAAUAACAUCUGCGCUCCUGGACAGCAUAACUGACAAAUGCACACCACAGCACAUAGUGCGCAUCGAAGUAAAGUCACUGCGUGACACCCGCCAGCUAAUCGAGAAAGUCGGUUUUAAAGAAGCCGAGAAUUUUAUUAAAGAUAAUCCACACCCGCAAUUAUGGCUUUUGCUAGCUGAAGCUGCACUAAAAAACUUUGAAUCGGAAAAUGCUCUUGAAACCGCUGAGGCGGCAUUUGUGAGACGUACCGAUUACGCAGGCAUACGAUUCGUCAAUCGUCUCAAUGCAUUACAUUCUAAUGCUCUCAAGAAAGCUGAAAUUCUUGCUUAUUUCAAAGAUUUCGAUGCAGCUGAGAAGAUCUAUCAUAAUGAGGACAGACGCGACUUGGCGAUAGUGUUGCGAAAGCGCCUCGGACACUGGUUCCGAGUCGUGGAGCUGCUCAAGAUGUCCGCUAGCACCACCGAGGGACAGGUGAAACAGGCGUACAGCAACAUUGGCGAUUAUUACAUCGACAGGCAGAACUGGAGCGGAGCACUUGAAUACUAUGCUAUGUGCAACAAUACGGAAGGACUAAAGAAAUGCUACAUGGCCUUAGAAGAUAAUGAAUCUCUUUCAAAGCUGUUCACAACUUCACCUAGAGUCAUUAAGGAAGGACCGAUUAAACCAAUAGGUGAUGGUUCAAGUGAUACUAUGACUCAAAUACCAUCAAUCCAAGGAAUAAUGCAGUUGAAAGAUAAUGACAGAAAUCUACAGGCUGCAACUAUGGCAGUUCAAUUGGCUACUAUGGAAGCGUCCAAAAAAGCGUCUCCGUUACGGAUUAAAAAACUUUACGUUUUAGCUGGCCACUUAUACAGUCAAAGUUCAGUGGAAGGCGCGAGUAACCGGGAGGCGGCUCGCAGUUACCGCGCGGCCUUGGCGCAGCACUGGCUGUGGGUAGCCGCGACGCGUGCGCAGGCGCGCCCGCUGCGCAUCGACGCCGCGCUGAGAGCCGCCGCAAGACUCAACGCCUCUCUCCAAGACCUCCACUCCGCACAGCACACGCAGGUUUGGUGUAUCAUCGCCUUUGUAGCAGUUCAAGCACGAUCAUUUGAAUUAUGUUCCAGGGCAUUUAUAAAGUUGGAAGCACAUGAUCCUGGUGCUUUCGAAAAUUUAGCCAUAGAAAUAUUUACAAGAUGUAAACCCAAAGACGCUAAAGGUAACAAAAUGGAUUGUCCAAAUUGUCAAGCUGGCAUUCCAGAGUGGAGUGCGGUGUGCCCUAGCUGUGCGACACAGUUCCCCGGGUGCGCGGUGUCGGCGCGGCCGCUGGUGGCGCCUCACGCCGUCUGGACAUGUACCACCUGCGCCUCGCGUGCUCAGCAUCAUGAACUUGUUCUACGUCACUCUUGUCCUAUGUGCCAUGCUCAACUAUCAUAAGCGCCAAGUGCCUAUGAUAGUUGAGCUUAAAUUAUUGCACUGUACCAAAUUCUGGAUAGAAUAUGAUUUUGUACAGCUUGAUCGAGAACUCAUUAAUGUUUUUGGCAUUUUGGCAAUAUAUAAAAAAAAUUGUAACUAAGGCUUUAAUAUAGAAUUGUGCAAUCAAGAGCAUAUUAAAGGGAUGUUGGACUUCAACUGUUCUUAUCGAAAUUAUGACCCGAGAAAUAGGGAGCUCCGGGGAGAAUACGGGCUCACCGGUAAGGCCAAAGUACGGCGGGCGUCCGGGCCAAGCCCUCCGCCAG